AUGCUGCGGUACCUGCUGAAGACGCUGCUGCAGAUGAACCUGUUCGCCGACUCGCUGGGAGCCGAGGGCUCCAACUCCUCCCAGCUCCUGCUCGGCAUCAACCGCACCAUCGCCGCCCUCCACCUCCCCGGCCUCCCCCCCGGUAACGGGUCCCACCCUCAGCUGGAGGACAUGGCACCCCGUAUCGUGGAGCACCCCACGGAUCUCCUGGUCUCCAAGGGGGAACCGGCCACCUUGAGCUGCAAAGCCGAAGGGCGCCCAUCCCCAGCGGUGGAGUGGUACAAAGAUGGGGAGCGGGUGGAGACGGACCGGGAGGACCCCCGCUCCCACCGCACCCUCCUGCCGGGGGGGUCCCUCUUCUUCCUCCGCAUCCUCCACGGCCGGCGGGGGAAGCCCGACGAGGGGGUCUAUGUCUGCGUGGCCAGGAAUUACCUGGGGGAGGCCACCAGCAGGAACGCAUCCCUGGAGGUGGCCGUGCUGCGGGACGAUUUCCGGCAGCCCCCCGGGGACGUGGUGGUGGCGGCGGGCGAACCGGCCGUCCUGGAGUGCGUCCCCCCCCGCGGCCACCCCGAACCCAGCGUCUCCUGGAAGAAGAACGGCGUUCGCCUCAGCGACGAGGACGAGCGCUUGACGAUCCGCGGCGGGAAGCUGAUGCUGGCCAGCACCCGUAAGAGCGAUGCCGGCGUCUACGUCUGCGUGGCCACCAACGUGGUGGGGGAGAGGGACAGCGAGCCGGCCGAGCUAGUGGUCUUCGAGCGCCCGGCGUUCGGCAAGAGGCCCCUCAACAAAGCGGUGCUGGUGGAGGGGACAGUGGAGUUUCCCUGCGAGGUGGUGGGGGACCCCCAGCCUGCGGCUCGCUGGCGCAAGGAGGAGGGCAAGAUGCCUCCGGGAAGGUGGGAGGUGUUGCCCGACAACACCCUGCGGAUCAGCCGGCUGCGGGCGGAGGACGAGGGCACCUACACCUGCGUGGCCGACAACAGCGUGGGCAGGUCGGAGGCGUCGGGCACCCUCACCGUGCACGUGCCCCCCCAGCUCGUCACUGGCCCCCGCGACCAGACUGUCACCCCCGGCCAGAGCGUGACCUUCCAGUGCCAGAGCAAGGGCAACCCGCCGCCCGCCGUGUUUUGGCAGAAGGAGGGUAGCCAGACCCUGCUGUUCCCCGGCCAGCCCCCGCAGCCCACCGGCCGCUUUUCGGUGAGCCCCAGCGGCGCCAUCACCAUCGCCGACGUGCAGCCCACCGACGCCGGUUAUUACCUGUGCCAGGCCAUCAGCGUGGCCGGCAGCGUGCUGGCCAAGGCGCGGUUGGAGGUGGAAGAGGCGCCGGCUGAGCAGCGACCGCCGGUGAUCCGCCGGGGUCCCGCGAACCGGACGGUGCUGCCGGUGGGGGCCACGGCGCGGUUGCCUUGCCGGGUGGGGGGCGGUGACCCCCCGGCCAGCGUGGGGUGGCUGAAGGACGGGAGCACCCUGGUGGGUGCCCAGCCCCGCACCAGCCUGCUGGAGAACGGCACCCUGCAGAUCACCAGCCUCCGGGUGACGGACUCCGGGCACUACGAGUGCGUGGCCACCAGCUUGGCGGGCGAGACCCGCUGGGGCGGCUCCCUGGAGGUGCAAGGUGAUGGAUCCGACCUCUCCCUGCCUUCCCCCGAGCCCGGUGUCCUCCCCGGGCCACCCUCCACCCCUGUGGUCACCAACGUCACCAAAAGCAGCGUCACCCUGAGCUGGAAAGGGAACGAGGACAGCGGUGCCGCCGACAUCACCUCCUACGUAGUGGAGGCUUUCAGCCAGGCGGCGGGUGGCCCAUGGCAGACGGUGGCGGCCGACGUGGAGGGUGAGACCCACACGGUGAGCGGCCUCGUCCCCGACACCGUCUACCUCUUCUUGGUGCGGGCGGUCAACGCCUACGGGCUCAGUGACCCCAGCGGCAUCUCGGAGCCCGUGCGCACCCAAGGUGAGACCCACCCCACGCAGCAAGGGCUGGACCCCCAGCAGGUGCAGCGGGAGCUGGCACAAGUGGCCGUGCACCUACAGGAACCCGUGGUGCUGCCGCCGGGUGCUGUCCGCCUCUCCUGGACCGUGGAGCGCCAAACACCCUUUGUUCAGGGCUACCGGGUGCUGUACCGGCAGCACGGUGGGCACUGGGAGGAGGCGCGGGUGGUGCGGGCACCGGGGGAACGGGGGGCCUUGCUCACCGAGCUGCGCCGAGGCCAGGACUAUGAGGUCAAGGUCCGACCCUACUUCCAUCAUCUCCACGGCCCCGACAGCGCUGUGCGCGCCCUGCGCACCCCCGAGGCGGCCCCCAGUGCCCCGCCACGAGCCGUCAGCGUGGCCGGUAACGGCACCAGCGUCCGCAUCUCGUGGCAGCCGCCGCCGCCGGCUGAGCAGAACGGCGUCAUCCGCGAUUACCGGAUUUGGUGCCUGGGCAACGAGAGCCGCUUCCACAUCAACCAGAGCGUGGAGGGGACGGUGCUGGCGACGGUGCUGCGGGGACUGGUCCCCGGUGUCCCUUACCGUGCCGAAGUCGCUGCCGCCACCGGCGCCGGCGUGGGCGCCCGCAGCGCCCCUGUCCCCAUCCGCAUCGCCCCCCCGGCAGAGCGGGAUGCGGGGCCGGCAGGCGGGAGCAGCGUGGCCGAGCGUUUGGCCGAGGUGGCCAGGCAGCCGGCCUUCAUCGCUGGCGUUGGCGGCGCUUGCUGGGUCAUCCUCGCUGCCUUCGCCGCUUGGCUCUACGGCCGCCGCCGGAGGAAGAAGGAGCUCAGCCACUUCGCCGCAUCCUUCGCCUAUACGCCCACCGGUAAGCCUACAGGCGCCGCGGGGACCCGUCGCGGCCCCUCGCCGCCCUCACCCCCACCUCUUUCCGCAGUCGCCUUCCCAGCUCCGGCACGCAGCAGCCCCAGGGCAGCCGCCGGCGGUGGUUACCCGUGGCUGGCGGACGCGUGGCGCGGUGGCGGCGCGGCCGGUGCCGCCGGCUGCUUGGGGACCACCACCGAGAGAUACUACAAUGAUGCCGGCAUCACCCGUUACAUCGCCCAGACGGAACAAUUCGGAGCGGGGUCUGGAGAGGGGCCAGUUUACAGCACCAUCGAGGCGGGCGGCGAGGAGCUCUGCACCUUCCCCCGUCCAUUCUCGCAGCACGGGACCCCCUACGCCGGGGGGGCGAAGAAGUUGGGGCAAGCGGUGAAACCGCCGGCAGUGAGCUGGACGGAGCUGCUGCCCCCGCCACCCUCGGCCAGCGAGCUCAGCCAGUGUGCCCAGGAGGAGGAGGAGGAAGAAGAGGAUGAAGAGGAAGAGGCAGCCAGAGGGUCGGGGAGGGAGGAGUGGUACCCCGGUGAGGAUGUCCCCUGUGCCACUGGUGCAUCCUCGCCUGCCGCCUCCUCCGGCUGCCGGUCCACCGCCACGCUGACACCAUCGCCCCAUGCCACCGAGGACAUCCCCCGGCUCCGCGACUUCGAUAGCCCCCGCCUGCCCCGGAGACCCCCCCACGGCACCAGCACCCCCCCGCGGGCAGCCAGCCCCCCCCUGAGUCCAGAUGCCAGCAAGGGCCACCCGCCCCGGACCCGCCGCCCCCGCGGCACAGGGAAAACCUGCAGGGAGACCCCGAAAAGUCACCCGAAGCCCAAAUGCAGCCGCUACCGCCGGGAAAAGCAGCAGGGAGACCUGCCACCGCCACCGCUGCCACCACCGGGCGAGAGCCCUGGCCCCUUGCCGGAGCGGGAGCCGAGUGGGGCCGAGCGCAAGGUCACCCAUCGCCCAGCCCGCAGCGAUGAGGUCGUCCCCUACGGCAAACCCUCCUGCCUGCCCCGAGGGCAGGUGUCCGGCAGCUGCUCCACAACGGGCAGCGUCUCGUCCCGCGGCUCCACCAGCUCCCGCGGCCACGGCUCGGGACGCAGCCGGACGCCGGGGGACCGCGGCGAAGGGACCGGCCAUCGCUGCCGCCCGGGUCCCCCGUUUCCCUGCCCGUCGCAGGAGAAGCGAUGAAGCGAAGGGCGAGACGGUGGCAGGGUUGGGGACACGGGGAUGGGGACACGGGGGGGGGAUCGAGGGGAUGCUCUUUAAUUUCUGAGUGGCACCA